AUGGGCUACGUGAUCGGCAAUAUCUAUGUCAUCACCACGGUGGCCGUCAUUGGCGGUGCACUGUUUGGUUUUGAUAUUGCUUCCAUGUCUGCCAUUCUUGGCACUCAACAGUACAAAUGUUUCUUCAACCAAACUGGCCAUGGCGAUGAUGGCUCCUGCGGUGGUCCUACCUCUUCCACUCAGGGUGGUAUCUCGGCUGCCAUGCCUGGUGGUUCCUUCGUGGGCGCUCUCAUCUCCGGUAUCGUGACUGAUUGGCUGGGUCGUCGCAUGGCUAUUCAGACUGGCUCUGUCAUCUGGUGCAUCGGUAGUGCCAUCGUGUGUUCCUCUUUCAGCAUUGCUCAGCUCGUCGUUGGCCGUUUCAUCAACGGUCUGUCCGUUGGUAUUCUCAGUGCACAGGUCCCCGUUUACGUUGCAGAGCUGGCACAGCCCAGUCGACGUGGUCAGGUCGUGGGUGCACAGCAGUGGGCGAUUACUUGGGGUAUCUUGAUCAUGUUCUACAUUUCCUACGGUAGCAGCUUCCUCGCUGGCAACGCGGCCUGGCGUCUGCCCUGGGGCCUGCAGAUGAUCCCCGCCGUCUUCCUCUUCGGCAUGGUCUUCCUGCUACCCGAAAGCCCUCGUUGGUUGGCUAAGCACGAUCGCUGGGAGGAAGCCCAUGAGGUUUUGGCCUUGGUCCAUUCCAAGGGUGAUAAGAACGCUCCCUUCGUGCAGACCGAGUUGCAGGAGAUUCGGGACAUGGUCGAGUUUGAGCGAGCUAAUUCCGAUGCCUCCUACUUGGAUCUCUUCAAGGGCAACAUGAUCUACCGCACCCACAUUGGUAUGUUCACCCAGAUCUGGUCGCAGCUGACCGGUAUGAACGUGAUGAUGCUCUACAUCACCUACGUCUUCGGUAUGGCCGGCCUCUCUGGCAACGCCAACCUCGUUGCCUCGUCCAUUCAGUAUGUCAUCAACGUCGUAAUGACCAUCUUUGCUCUGCUGUUCAUCGACCGCUGGGGCCGACGUACACCCUUGCUCGUUGGCUCGACUUUGAUGAUGACUUUCAUGUUUGCCAACGGUGGUAUCAUGGCCAGCUACGGAAAGCCCGCGCCCCCGGGUGGUCUCAACCAUGUCCCCGAAGAAUCUUGGGAUCUGAGUGAUGCACCCUCCGCUGCCAAGGGUGUCAUUGCUUGUACCUAUCUUUUCGUUGCUAGCUUUGCCCCUACCUGGGGACCAGUCAGUUGGAUCUACCCCCCUGAGCUGUACCCAUUGCGUCUGCGUGGUAAGGCCGUGGCCGUAUCGACCGCAUCUAACUGGGUCUUCAAUUUCGCUCUAUCCUACUUCGUUCCCCCGGCGUUUGAGAAUAUCAAGUGGAAGACCUACUUGGUAUUUGGUGUGUUCUGCUUUGCCAUGACCGUUCACGUCUUCUUCGCCUUCCCCGAGACCGCUGGUAAGACACUGGAAGAUGUGGAGACCAUGUUCAACACCCCCGGAAUGAAGCCAUGGAAGACCAAGGUCCAGUACCACCACGUCCGCCAGCUCGAGACUGGUGCUCUCCAGUCCGAGAAGAUGGCCGAUCUGCAGGCCGAGGCUGGCACUCGGGCCCCCGACAAGGAGGCCGGUGCUGCAACCCACACAGAGUAG